AGUUGCUUGAGCAGGGUGUCGAGGUGGGCGGGAUCGAAUCGGAACUUGGAGUCGCAAAAGUAUUUACGAUGGAUGGACGUAAUGAGAUCCAUGUUGGGUGGGAUGGGAUGGACGAGGUUGAGGAGGCGGUAGACUCGCUUGUGCAUCUGGUCGGGGCGGAAGCCAAAGGACUGGAUGUCUCUCAGUCUGCCGAGGGUCUGGUUGAGGGGGGCAAAGGCAGGGUCGUCGGGGAGGGACAUCAUGUACGGCAAGAAGGGAGUGAAGACAUCGACACCAUCCUUGGUCUCCUUGGUGGCGAUUCCGAGGGGAAGGACAGGGAGGGAGCGUUUGGCAUCCUUGAGAUCGAGAGCGGUCUUGAUUUCGAGCAGAACACUGUCCUCCUGACCGGCAAGGGUGUUCUCUAUCAUAGGUGUAAACGAUGCCCAACUGAGGAGCAGGAAGACGGCCUUGCUGUCGACAUCGUGGAAGACAGAAAGGGGUUUGCCAUAUCGACGGAGGGCGACCGAGGUGAGCACCUCCUUCAAAGCCUGGACAGUGUCGGCAUCAGUCUGGGCUUGGUAUGAGAGGAACAGAUCGUGGUCGGUGCCGUGGGCCGGGCAGGAAUAGAGCUGGUUGCUGGUUGUGGUCAGCAUAGCCGGGGGUAUCGUCGGAUCGAUGGUGCGGAAGGUGAGGAAGACUGAGGGCUGGGCAAAGGGACGAAGCGGCCUGCUUUUAAGGCGGAUGGGGAUUGCAGUGUCCAUACAUCUGGAGGGUAUCAAAGUGCGCUACCGAAACAAAAAAAAAAAAAAAACAUCAUCUGGAGGGUAUCCAGCUGUCAUGAUGACAAAUGGACUGUCUCAAUUGGGACAAGGAUGCGAUAUUGAUCC